AAAUGUGCCACGUAAGAGGAAGUUCUGGGAAAAAAGUUAUUUAAAAAAUACAGCGUCCCGUUUAGAGCCCUAGACUGGCGAAUUCAGGGUUUUGGGUUUUUUGGCGCCUUAAGAUUGAAGCGCAGAAAUUAUCGGCUACAGACAGAGCUAUAAAAGAGCAGCAAUGGAGCAUGGAUCUUCCAGAGAAGGUCAUGCAACAUUUUCUUUGACGGGAGAGGAUCAUACUCUUGCUAAUGCUCUCAGAUUCGCCCUUAAUCAAGAUGCAAGAGUAGAAUUCUGUGGAUACAGUAUCCCUCAUCCUUCAGAUGCUCGAGUUAACAUUAGAGUCCAAACAUCAGGUGAACCAGCAAGAGAGGUGUUGAAAGGUUCAUGUGUAUAUUUGAAGCAGACAUGCGAGCAUGUUAGAGGCACUUUCGAGAAAGCUAUUGUCGAGUUUAGGACGAGCAAACCCGUCGAAGGAAUGAAAAUUGACUCGGACAGUGAUUGAUAUUUGAUAUAUUCUCCGAUUGACAUGAAGGCUUUUUGUCUUCUUUUUAAUGUAAAGCUUACUACAUGGGAUUCUGCUUUAAAUUUGAUUCAGGUUGAUUAUGUGUAGUUUGUUAUUAAUGGAUCUUUGGUAUCUUUGAAAUUAUUUUUAUGUA